UAAUUAUCCGAAGGCAACAAUUUGACUGUAAAUGCGCUCAGCGAGGCGGCGCACUCCUAGGCGUUGGAUUCCUUGAAAUUGUUGGAUGCUGUGCCGGUCGGUCGUCGGAGACGGCAGCCGGCAGCCGGCGCUCGGAGAAGGCUGCGCUGAUUCGGCACGCGGCAAAGGAAAAGGAAAUCGACAACACAUCACCUGGAGAGAUCAGCUCGGAUUCUGUAGUAUUUAUUACAUAUAUUCCUUCUCAAAGUUUAACGAAACAGAUUAAGAUGACAGAAGACGCCUUUACGUCUAUUUAUUACUCACCUUCUCCGGCCCCGAUGGCAUAAACAUAAAUGGCAUGACGCCGAGAGACCAGAUCGACUGAAACUUAAUUAAUUAACAUGCAGAACCCACCACCUCCGAUCACGUCCGCUCGCCAACUCGACCUCGACCUCGAUCCUUUAUUAUCCGUCGAGCCUGCCAAGCCGUGGGCCGCCGACCUCCUCCGCGACUGCGCCCGCGCCUUCGCGGACAAGGACUCUGCUAACCUGCACCGCCUCCUCUGGAUGCUCAACGAGCUCGCCUCCCCCUACGGCGACUGCGAGCAGCGCCUCGCCUAUGCCUUCCUGCAGGCCCUCUUCUGCCGAGCCACAGCCUCCGGCGACCACUGCUACAGCACCUCCCUCGCCGUCGCCGAACGCGCCGUCUCCUUCGCCUCAGCCCGCCGCCUCGCCCUCAAGUUCCAGGAGGCUGCCCCGUGGUCCACUUUCGGCCACGUCGCCGCCAACGGCGCCCUCCUCCAGGCCCUCGACGGCGAGCCUGCUCUCCACAUCGUCGACGUCAGCGACACCUUCUGCACCCAGUGGCCCACGCUCCUCGAGGCCCUCGCCUCGCGCGCCGACGCAGACGCCCCCCGCGUCCGGCUCACCGUCGUCUCCUCCACGGCCGCUGGCGUCGUGGCCGAGAUCGGAGCGCGCAUCGAGAAGUUCGCGCGGCUUAUGGGCGUGCCGCUCGAGUUCCGCGCUAUCGCCGCCCCCGCGCUGCCGCGCCUCGCCGACGCGCUGCGCCCCGAGAAGCUCGAGCUCCGCGAAGGGGAGGCCGUCGCGGUGAACUGCGUCGGCGCUCUUCGGCGAGCCGGGUGCGGGGAUUCGCGGGACUCGUUCCUACGGGCCGCGGCGGCGCUGCGGCCGAGGGUCUUGACCGUAGUGGAGGACGAGGCGGACUUCGGCGCCGCCGGCGAGUUCAUGGAGUCCUUCGAGGAGUGCCUGCGGUUCUACGGCUCCUAUUUCGAGAUGCUGGAGGAGAGCUUCCCGGCGACGUGCAACGAGCGGCUUGCUCUGGAGAGGGAGUGCUUCCGGAGCCUCGUCGGACUGCUGGCAUGCGAGGGCGGCGCCGACGCAGUGGUGGACGGUGAGCGAAGGGAGAGAGGGAGGCAGUGGUGCCGACGGUUGGAGCGGUGCGGCUUCGAGACGUUCGGCAUCAGCGACGACGUCAUCGAUGACUUGAAGGCGUUGCUGAAGCGGUACCGGCCGGGAUGGUCGCUGCUGCCGGCGGAGGGGGAGACGUCGGGCAUGUACCUAACGUGGAAGGAGAAUCCAGUCGUGUGGGCUUGCGCGUGGAAACCCAAAUAAUCUGGAUUAACUGUCACUAAUUAUAAUUAAUAUUCUUGGGCUCUAAAAUAUAGACUGUGAUUGAUGUUUGCAUUUAUUUUCAAGUUAAUUUGCGAGUUCAAUUUGUACUUAAAAC